AUGGGGGGCCAGUGGUACGGGGGCCACAGAAGCCACAGUGAGGACUUGGCUCUGACUCCCAGUGAGCUUAUCACCUUCGAGUUCUACUGUUAUGAUGCCCCGAGCGUGUCCGGGGCCUCACCUGUUCACCACCCUCCCUCUGCAGGAUGUCACGACCGGGCUGUCCUGCUCUACGAGUAUGUGGGCAAGCGGAUCGUGGACCUGCAGCACACCGAGGUCCCCGACGCCUACCGCGGCCGUGGCAUCGCCAAGCACCUGGCUAAGGCUGCUCUGGACUUUGUAGUGGAGGAGGACCUGAAGGCCCAUCUCACGUGCUGGUACAUCCAGAAGUACGUCAAGGAGAACCCCCUGCCACAGUACCUGGAGCGCCUCCAGCCAUAGCCCCGGCCCCGCGGGGCAGGAGCCCUCCGUGCCAGACCUCUCCUCGCGGCCUUCGCCCCGGCCCUCCGCGUGCUCUCAGGAAACCUGCUCCCCGCAGGGGACGGACUCAGAGUUAUUUUUGUAAGGACGCUCCUCGGUGGCCCCCGGAGGCUGCCGGCCGACGAUGGGCAGUGGUCCCCAGUGACGGGGAGGCCGGGCAGCCGAGGUCCCGGCGGUGGUCACUCUGCAGACGCUGGCUGGCUCCUCACGGGGCCACCCCCGCCUGUCGUGGGUGGGCCGGCGGAGGCCUGCGGCCAGGACUGCAAGGUGGCCAGGGCUGUCCCUGGGGCCGGUCUGGGUCCCACCUGCUGCUCACUGCUCUGUGAUCGGCAGGAGGGCUGAUUUGGGGCCCCUGCUGCCACCACCUAGGCUGUGUCCUUUGUGCGGACGAGAAGGGGAUUCCCUGAGUGGAGAGGAGCAGUUAGAAACCUGGCGUGCCAGCUUCCAGGGGCGUGGCAGCGAGCCUUCUCUUCCUCCAGCUCCUGCCCCCCCCGGCGCCGGGGGGCACGCGCCAAGGCGAGGGGCACCGCUCCUUCACGGGCAAGGUGUGCGGGGCGUGCACUGGGCACCGGCCACGGCUCACCCGGCGCUAUGUGCAGGGCUGUGUGCCAUGGAGUGGCUGCUGUUCUCUCCUUGGUACCUGUUCCCUUAAUUCCUUGCCCCCUCGUCUGUCAGCUUGGCAGGAAAUCGAGGUCCCGGUCCCCCGUGGCCGCCCUCCCUGUUUGCCCGGUCUGCCUGGACCCAGCCCCAGGCGCGCCCCGAGCACCAAGCACCAGGAGCCCCCCUUUCGCCGGCCUCUUGGCCGCCCUGUGGGUGGGGUUUCUCACAGAGGACCCUUUGGAGCUCAGGUGGGAGGGAGGCACACUGUCCUCACAAAAGCGUCCUCACCACCCGAAGGGAAGAAACAUUUCUGUGGAGGGAUUUCCUUUGUGGACAUUGGACAUCGGAGCAUCUUUCUCUUUUGUGGCAAGCUUCUGGCUGGGCAUGUUCUCUUGCCUGCCUGGGAUCCCAGGGUCCCUCCCAGACCAACUCUCCUGGUAAUGGCCUGGGAGGUGCACACCAGCACCCUUUCUUCCGUAGGCUUUGUGAGCUGGUGAGGGCUCGGGGUCCUGACCUCCUGUGCCCUCCUCCCCACAAGGGUCAAAUCCAUGCCCGCCUCUCUGUGGGGCUGGAGGGUGACCCUGGAGUCAGAGUCCCUUUGGGGCUGAGACAUCAGUUAACAGCACCUCCCCAGGGGUACCGUGUCCCCUCCAGGCCUCUGGCUGGUGGUGGGCUUGGGGAGGUGUGUGUGCUGGGGAGCCUGGUGGCCACGGUGACCCCUCACUUUCUCUGACUCGCUGUAGCGGACCUCGGCCCGUGGUUGCCUUCACACUCACCUCUUCGCUCCCGCUCUCGGCUCCCGCCGAGCUCACCACGACAAGCGACGCAGCUCAGGGGCUCCCCCCCCCCGCCCCCGCAGACAUUUGCACACACCCCUUCCCACCCAGUGGCAGGAGCAUCUAGAUCAGGAAAUGCACGGAGGCCGGGCAGCCUGCCCACGGGGCGUCCCUGAGCCCCAGAGAGGCACGAUCCUCAGCAUCCCCCACUGCCUCCCAUGUGCUCACUCCCAGCCCCACUCUGGCCUCUAAGAAUUCCCCUCCCCGAGGACUGAGGGCACUCCUCGCCUUUCCCACCAUGUUCCUCAGUGCUGUUGGCAAAGGGCUGUUGUGAGGAGCCGGAGAAGCCCCUGGGCCUCUGCUCUGCUGGUGGUCCGCGGCCAGGAAGAACUCUGGCAGGAAGUAGGAUCAGUUGCUGAGUCCCCUCCCAGGCUGGGGGUGUCCCACCCCUGGCGCAGCUCAAGGAAAGAGUGGGUUGUAGGCCCAAGAGUGGACAGAUGGGCCAGUCCGGGCCUUCUCCCUCUGACUCCUGGGGCAGGUGGGUUAUGGUCCCCUUCCCCUCCCUCUCCCCACCCACACAUGCCUUCCCAAGGUCAAACACAGACUCAGGCAUGAAAACUGCCCAGUAGCUGAGAAAACGGGGGCUGUUUCCCUCUGUGGCGUACAGGGUGAGGUGAACCAGCUCCAGGAGGGGACUUGGGCCCAAGGCCCUCCCAGUCCAGCCAUGGCAGGGAGCCCUACAGCAGUAGCACACGGGACCCCGGGGAGGUCCCCGGGGCCAGCAGGGCGAACGGGAGCAGAGAGCCAGGUGGCGCUGAGAGGGCAGCCCUGUCCCAGUCCUCCAUGGGUCCCAGCCGGAACCUUGUUCUUAACUGCAGGUGACAUGCCACACUUGGGCAGCAUACACACAAAGCAGUACUUGAACCAGGAGACAUGCAGGGCUUCGGGGGACUUAGAUCAGCCCCGGGCCCAGGAACAGCUUGUCCCCAGUUCCUGUAGGAGUGACCUGGAACCUCCUCGCGUCCAGCUGCCUUAAUGUACCGCCGCCCCCACCACAGCGUCCAGCCCGCCCUCAGUCUUCAGCAGAGCCUCAAGACGGCAGCGGCCUGCCCUCCGAGGCUGGGACCCUGGUCUGCAGCAGACACAGGCCCGGAGCCCCAAGCCCAGCCCCCUGGUGCUACUCUGGUGCUCCAGUGUUGCCUGCACCCAUCCGGCCUGCUCCAGGAGCCCUGCCCCGGCAGGCAGGUCACGAGGGCCACUUCCACCUGCAGGGGCAGGGGGACGCUUGGGGAUCUGACCCUGGCCCCCCCUUCCAGCAGAUUGCCCCAAAGGCCCUGCGCUCUCCUGCCAUGUCUUGCUGGGGGCGGGGUUCUUUUUCUUGCCCGGUCAAAAUAGCUGGUAACUCAUGUGCCUUUCCUACUCAGGACCUGUUCCAGGUGGUGUCUGGGCCAAGGCCCAUCUCCAGACCUGCUCCCUUUGUUAUUUUUCAAACUCCUGAACAGAUUGCAUGACAUACGUUUCAAUAAAAGGUGU